UUCACUUCAAACUCCCCCGUAGAUUUUGUGAAAAUUCUUGAAUUAAACUAAACUUUAAAAGGAGUUAGAAACGUAAAUAUAGAAAGUAAAGUUGACUUGGUGUUUGUGUUGAAGAAAGAUUAGAGUUUCUUUCAAGAUAGAUAAAAAAAGAGGAAGAAAUGAGUGCUAGGGUAUACAUAGGACGUUUAAGUUACGAAGUAAGAGAGAAGCAUUUAGAGAGGUUUUUUAAAGGAUUUGGAAAAAUUCGUGAAAUUUUGAUAAAGAAUGGAUUUGGCUUUGUGGAAUUCGAAGAUUAUCGUGAUGCUGAUGAUGCUGUUUAUGAAUUAAAUGGCAAAGAACUGUUAGGAGAAAGAGUUACCAUCGAACAUGCACGAGGUUCUCCGCGUGGAAAUGAUGCUUACCGAGAUAGGAAUCGUGGUUAUCGUGCACCUCCUCAGAAUCGCAGGCGUCAGGGUGGUGGACGUGACAAAAGGUACGGACCACCUACCAGGACAGAGUACCGUCUCAUUGUGGAAAAUCUCAGUAGUCGUGUUAGCUGGCAGGAUCUAAAGGAUUAUAUGCGUCAGGCUGGAGAAGUGACUUAUGCUGAUGCCCACAAGCAACGUCGCAAUGAAGGGGUGGUGGAGUUUGCUAGCCUGUCUGACAUGAAAAAUGCUCUAGAUAAGUUGGACGACACUGAUUUGUCAGGCCGCCGAAUCAAACUGGUAGAAGAUAGAGCUAGAAGGAGGUCUCGCUCACGUUCCAGGACCCGCUCGAAGAGUUCUCGUAGCCGCAGUAGCAGUCGGAGCCGCAGCAAGUCUCGCUCUGCAUCCAAAUCUCGUUCUCGUUCAAAGAGCCCCGCCUACAAAGCUAGGCGCUCCUCCAGUCGAAGGCAGGACUCCCGCAGUCGAAGUCGUAGUGCUUCUGCCGAUCGCAGACGCUCCCGUUCUGCAUCUCCCCCCACUCGGAAGAGCCGUUCCAGGUCCAGAUCCGAGCCGAGACGGAGUAGGUCCCGCUCCCCCUCCUCGGGCAAAGGAGGGGACUCCCCCAGGAAAGUUGCCUCCGAUCGUGAAGAGGACAAAGAUUGAUUUUUUUUCCCUCUUUACUAAGUGGGGUUUUAUAAUCAUUUUGGAUUUGGAUUUCAAUUUUAUAGGUGGGUGGUGUAAAAGUGCAGAUUUUUUGUCUGCAUCCAACUGUGGAUCAGAUGGAGUUUGUGCAAGUCCUCUCAUUAAAUUCCUAAUCAUUAACUUUAGUUGGUGCAUUAAACCAUCUCUCUUUUUUUAUUUGAAUAGCUUAGAACUUCAAGCUAUUCAGUUUUAAUAGUUAUAAUGUAGCUGGUAUUUAAUCAUUUUAUCUGAAUCAUUUCAUCUGAGAAAUUACAUUGUCUGUUGUGGAGUAACACUUGUAGUGUUACUUUUCUUGUAUUAUAGAAUCAUAUUAAACAUAUUGCAAAGCUAUUUGAAUUCCAAGAAAUGUGUAUGAAUGUUCAAUAAAUGUAGGAAUAAAACCUCUUGUUUGUGCAAUGACUUUCAACCAAUUUCCCUCUGAUUUUUUUUUUUUUUUACUAUAUUGUUGCUAAAUUUUAUUUUGCAUAAAAUCUCUAUUCUACCUCUACUUUAUUUCCAAAUUAGGUACUUAAUGCAUCAAAUUGAAAAAGUACUUCCAAUAAAAUUAACUAAUCAAAUGUCUGACACUAAUUUUAUGAAUGUAUAUCCUUCUUUUAUUCCUCAAUUAUUGUAGAUUAAAUAUUCAAUUUCAUAAACUUAAAAACAAAUUUAAUUAGUAUUUUGGAAUGAACCUAACAAUUAUUCAACCAGUACAAUCUUCAAUGUUUUUGCAUUAAGAUCAGUUAGAGAUGUUUCAAUAUUUGAUACAAUUUUGUCAUGACUUUGAGGGAAGAAACAAUGUCGUUAGAAAGAAGUUCCAGAACGCAUCUUGCUCUAAAUGUCAUGGCUAGUUCAGUGUUCUAUAGUUUUUUUUUUUCUUUUUUUUCCCCUUGAAGUAUAAGAAGCAGAUGUUAUAACUUGUGCAAAUAUUAUGCUAUUUGAAUUCCAUAGGCCUGCUGUUUGUCAUCUUUUUAAAGGACCUAAACAUUUCAUGUUUCAAAUUGUCUUUUUUUUUUGUAAAUUGAGUUUCAUUAAUAAAUGCCAAUAUUUCUCGCA